CAGGUCGUUCCUGAAGUAAAUUCAAAUAAUUUAUUAAUUUAUCUGUGUUUUGUACGUCAUUGAUUACUAAUAUGUAGACGUCUAUUUAAGAGAUUAGCGAUCUUAGCUCUUCCAUGAAAUAUGUAAUGGCAGACAUAUCAGCAGUUGAAAUCCAAGUCUUGUUUUUUGCUAAAGCAAGGGAACUUUGUGGAAAGAAAGAAAGCCAGUUACUAAUUCCAUCAGCAACAUCAUAUGAUAAUCUUUUGGAUGAAAUAGUUCAGAAAUUCUCUCUGGAACCUAUUCGAGAUAACUUGAUAUUAGCCAUUAAUGAAGAGUAUGCUACUUCAGAAUCUGAAGUUCAUCUUAAAGAAGGAGAUCAAGUAGCAGUUAUUCCGCCACUCAGUGGAGUUGAUUGAUAUCCUGCUACUAACUGCAAUGCACAGCUCUAAGAAAAAUGUUUAUUUCAGGUCUUACCAAGAACAGCC